AUGCUAACCGAAUUAUCAAAAUGCUUGGCUAAUCUGCGAGCAACUCAUGAUGAAGAUGCAGCAGACAGAUUGAACUAUUUUUAUACAAAUUUUUUGUUACUCACAUUUGCGAUAUUACUUUCUGCUAAACAGUACGUUGGCGAACCAUUACAAUGUUGGGUUCCAGCUCAAUUUAAGAGCGGAUGGGAGAGUUACGUCGAAAGUCACUGCUUCAUUGAAAAUACUUAUUUCGUGCGUUUGGAUGAAAAAUUGCCGGAUGAUGGAAAAGAAAGAGAAAAAAGAGAGCUUAUAUAUUAUCAGUGGCUUCCGUUCAUUCUCAUAUUUCAAGCAGCUUUAUGUUAUUCUCCUCGCAUGAUUUGGAAAUUAAUGAGUAAUCAAAGUGGAAUGAACCUUUCUAACUUUAUGGCUAUGGCAUAUUCAACGAAAAAAAUAGGUGACAGAAAGAAUUUCAGUGAUUUAGAUUAUUCGCCGCUUGUGACUCGUCUGGAAGAACACGUCACUCUAGCUAAAGGACCUCAAUAUACAUUUUGGGGACUAGGCAUUCUUAAUGACUUGAUCUACAAUCGACACUGGAGUAUAAGUGGCCAUUUUCCUCGAGUUACGAUGUGUGAUGUUACUGUUCGGGAGCUUGGUAAUUUCCAUAACUGGACAGUGCAAUGUGUCUUAAUGGAUUUCAAAGAAGUGGGCGUCGCAAGUGAUGCUCAGCUGAAAGAAUUCAUUGAUAAAAGACUAAAAAUAGACGGUAUCACUAUCUUGAGAUUGAUGAGUGAUAACUGUGGCGAUCUUGUUGUUGCCGAAAUUACUUUUCAGCUUUGGAAUUUGCAUAAUACUUGCCAAAAUGCACGAAGUAGUUUUAUACGAAAAUUCCUGGACAAGCUCAAACCGAGAUAUGACGAUGAUAUUAUCGAUCGUUGUAAUUAUUUAGUUACGAAUAGUAUAUUGCUUAUUUGUGCUGUAAUAGUUGCUGCAAAGCAGUACGUUGGUGAACCUUUACAAUGUUGGGUUCCGGCAGAAUUCAAGAGUGGCUGGGAACAAUAUGUUGAAAAUUACUGUUUUGUUGAGAAUACAUAUUUCGUAGCAAUCAGUGAUGAUAUUCCAGAAGUUGUCGAGACGAGAAAUGACCAAAAGAUCCAUUAUUAUCAAUGGGUGCCUUUUAUUUUAAUGUUACAAGCUUCUUUAUUCAUGGUUCCUCAUACAAUUUGGCGAAUGCUCAAUUGGCAGACAGGUAUCAGCUUUUUUUAA